GCAGAGCAGGUGUCGAAAGGGAGAAAGGCCUCGUCACUCAGCAAAUCCGGUUUCCCUCGCAGUAGAACUCUGAGAACCUGACUCCUCACGCAGUGCUCCGAAGAAACCCGGCUCUUCGGCGCCGCCGGGCAGCGAGCGGACGGGCUGUGGCCUCGCCUCUGCGGCGCAGGAGCGCGCAGCCCCAGCCCCAGCCCCAGCCCCAGCCCCAGCCCCUGCCCCAGCCCCAGCCCCAGCCCCAGCCCCAGCCCCAGCCCAGCCAGCUCCAGGGGCGGGGCCGCGGCCGCACCAGGGAUGAGCGCCGCCGACCGCACGGCCCGGGCUCCAGGCGGAGUCGCGUCGCGCCCGCCCCGCCCGCCCCGCCCGCCCCGCCCGCCGGGACCCGCGCCCGCGAGCGCGCCCUCGGCACUGGCCUGCGGCAGCCGGACUUGCCUCCGCCCAGUGGCCCGCGGCGGGCAGGGAGCCGAUGGGCGGCGGGCCGAGGCAUGGCGGGCCGCCGGGCGCCGGGGGAGAAGCGCUGGCAGCUGGUGCGCUGGUACGUGCAGGAAGGACGGUUCCGAGUUGAGGAGAGGACCCUGACAGCCUUCCAGUGGCUUUACAGCCCACAGCAGCAUGGCAUCCUCAGCCGCGCCGACCUUGAGUCUCCCUCCAGGAUCGACAAGACCAUGCUGGCAAGCCUAAAGGUCAAGAAGCAGGAGCUGGCCAACAGCCCGGACGUGACCUUCCCAGACCGGCCGCUGUCCCCCCCUCUCACCGCACCUCCCACUAUGAAGUCGGCGGAGUUCUUCGAGAUGCUGGAGAAAAUGCAGGGGAUCAAGCUUGAAGAGCAGAAGCCGGGCCCCCAGAAGAACAAGGAUGACUAUAUCCCGUACCCCAGCAUUGAUGAGGUUGUGGAAAAGGGAGGCCCGUACCCCCUGAUUGUCCUGCCCCAGUUUGGGGGCUAUUGGAUCGAGGACCCAGAGAACGUGGGGACGCCGACCUCCCUUGGCAGCAGCAUCUGUGAGGAGGAGGAAGAGGACAGUGUCAGCCCUAGCACGUUUGGCUAUAAGCUUGAGUGCAGGGGUGAAGCCAGGGCCUACCGCAGGCAUUUCCUGGGGAAGGAUCACCUAAACUUUUACUGUACUGGCAGCAGUUUGGGGAACUUGCUCCUGUCCAUCAAGUGUGAGGAGGCAGAGGGCAUGGAGUAUCUUCGGAUCAUUCUCAGGUCCAAAGUGAAGACAGUUCACGAGAGGAUCCCCUUGGCCGGACUGAGCAAGUUGCCCAGCGUCCCUCAGAUUGCAAAGGCUUUCUGUGAUGACGCUGUGGGGCUGAAAUUCAACCCUGUCCUGUACCCCAAGGCCUCCCAAAUGAUUGUGUCCUAUGAUGAGCACGAUGUCAACAACACAUUCAAAUUUGGGGUCAUUUAUCAAAAAGCCAGGCAGACCCUGGAGGAGGAGCUAUUUGGGAACAAUGAGGAGAGCCCAGCUUUCAAGGAAUUCUUGGAUCUUUUGGGGGACACGAUCACACUGCAGGAUUUCAAAGGUUUCCGUGGAGGCCUGGAUGUGACCCAUGGACAAACAGGGGUGGAAUCCGUGUACACGAUAUUCCGAGACAGGGAGAUCAUGUUUCACGUCUCCACAAAGCUGCCAUUUACCGAGGGAGAUGCCCAGCAGCUCCAGAGAAAGAGACACAUUGGGAAUGACAUUGUGGCCAUCAUCUUCCAAGAAGAAAAUACACCAUUUGUCCCAGAUAUGAUUGCCUCCAACUUCUUACAUGCCUACAUUGUUGUGCAGGCCGAGAACCCAGGCACGGAGACCCCAUCCUACAAGGUCUCAGUCACUGCACGGGAAGAUGUGCCCGCCUUUGGCCCCCCUCUGCCCAGCCCUCCUGUUUUCCAGAAGGGCCCGGAGUUCAGGGAGUUUCUGCUCACCAAGCUCACCAACGCAGAGAACGCUUGCUGCAAGUCAGACAAGUUUGCGAAGCUGGAGGACCGGACGAGGGCCGCCCUGCUGGACAACCUCCACGAUGAGCUUCACGUGCACACGCAGGCUAUGCUGGGGCUGGGCCCCGAAGAGGACAAGUUUGAGAAUGGGGGCCAUGGGGGAUUCCUGGAGUCUUUCAAGAGGGCCAUCCGCGUGCGCAGCCACUCCAUGGAGACCAUGGUGAGCAGCCAGAAGAAGCAGCACGGUGGGGGCAUCCCCGGUAGCCUCAGUGGCGGCAUCUCACACACCAGCACGGAGGUCACCAAGGCCACCUUCUCGCCUCCGGCAGCAGCGGUAAAGAACCAGUCGCGGAGCCCCAUCAAGCGGCGGUCGGGGCUCUUCCCACGGCUGUACACAGGCUCCGAAGGCCAAGGCGACGGCCGGACACGAUGUGACAGUGCAUCCAGCAACCCCAAGACCCCGGAUGGUGCACACUCUUCUCAAGAGAUAAAGUCUGAGGCCUCAUCCAAUCCUAGCUCUCCAGAAAUCUGCCCCAACAAGGAGAAGCCCUUCGUAAAGUUGAAGGAGAAUGGCAGAGCUAACAUCUCCCGCUCCUCCUCUAGCACCAGCAGCUUCAGCAGCACAGCGGGGGAGGGGGAAGCCGUGGAGGAGUGUGACAGUGGGAGCAGCCAGCCGUCCACGACCUCACCCUUCAAGCAGGAGGUGUUUGUCUACAGCCCGUCCCCGAGCAGCGAAAGCCCCAGCCCGGGAGCACCUGCCACCCCCAUCAUCGUGAGCCGGAGUCCUACAGAUGCCAAAAGCAGGAACUCCCCGAGGUCAAACCUGAAAUUCCGCUUCGACAAGCUCAGCCAUGGCAGCUCUAGUGCGGGUCACUAAUGUGAAAGAGGAGUCCUUCGCUUGUCAAAGGGAAGCCCCGAUUCUGUCUCGGAGAAGGCUCCUAUUCCGACAGUUUGGGGGUGCCAUCCACUACUCUGACCGUCACAGUCCUGCUGCCCCACCGGCCACCCGCCCUCCAGACCAGCUGUCUGUCCCCGUGUCCUGCCUGUCCCCUUGCCAAGGCACGCUUCAAGCACUCUCCUCUGGAUGAGGCCUCAUUCCUCCAGGCUCCCCCUGCUCCCGACCGCCCCUGUGAUGUGUGUCUGGCUCACCCGUCACCUUGCGUUGUGCACAGAGGAAAGAGUUGGGCAAGGGGUAUCUGGGUCCUGGGGACUGGGUCAGAGACUGGAGAGGCAGAGUGCGGUGAGGUGGGGUGCGGGGGCUGCCAGCACUGUGUCCUGCACGUGACAGGCACAGCAAACCUAGUGAGUGGUGGCGGAGGGACCACUUUUCCAGGCACCAAGAUCUGUAGCCGUCCUCCACGAUAUGAGGCUGGAAAUCAGCGGCGUUGCUCCCACAGCUAUGUGCUUCUGCGCCAGGAGCUGCUUUCUGGCCCAUCUGCCGCCUUCCAGCCCAGCGCUGCCUCGUCUCUGAGCCCAGUGUACCCCGGGUGCCGGCAGCGGAGGCGAGACAGAGCUGUGCGUGUGUGGAGGGGCCCCCACGCCAUUGCUGUGGGAGAAGCCCCGGCCAGUCUCUCCCCUCAGAGCAGACGUGUUCCCCAAGGAGGGGUGGGCGGCCCGGAGCAGGAAGGAAUUCAGGAAGAGCAAGCUGGCGAGCUGUGCUGUGGGGCCUUGGCUGAGGAGAACGGUGGGGCCUUGGCUGGGCUGGGAUCAGGUCCCCGCUGGAGGUGGAGGCUCGUGGAAGAGUUGCUUCAGCCCACCACUUAGGUCAGAGCCGGGGAGGUGGGGGGUGACCUGUCCGCCUCGGUUGACGUGUGGACGUGGAAGGUAGGCAUGAGGAAGGAGCGACGUCCUUCUGCGAUUUCUGCUCCUGGCAUCUGUGUGUGUGUGGGGGGGGGGGGUAGCCCUGUCCCCCUUUGGCGUUGUUGGCGCUUGGUCCCCCGAUCCCCUUCACCCACGGGUCCGUAGGCAGUGGUCACGUUGGCGGGAUUUUUACAACCUGGGCCCCAGCUGGAUGCAGUUCAGAGGCUGCCUGCCCCCUGCCCCCUUGGCCAGAGCCAGCUCACUGUCAGGAGCAAGCCCCCUCUCCCUGCGUCUCGCCCAUCCCCAUUUGCAGAGCCCUGGGGGUGUGAGUGGGGCCCUGUAAUACCAGAUAGCCCCGGUGCCUCAGGCUGGGCUCCUUCUUCCGUGAGCCGAUGACAAGGAUUUCUACCAAAUGUUUUAUUUGCAUUGGAGUCCGGGCCUGUUCCGAAGUCAAAGCAAUCGCGUCAACGUUCUACUUGUCUGUGACUGAUGUGACUGUUUCCCUGCUGCUUUUGCCAUUAGGGCAAAACCUUGAUCCUUCGUCUCUCACCCAUGUGGAUGUUGUGGGACCCUAUUUGCGGGCUGGGUGGACCUCUCCCCUCACUAUUUGGGAAACGUGUUUACUUAAAAUACUAGUCCGGUAAAAUUUCUUCCAGUGAGAAGGUCAACAAGCGUCUGUUUAGCUUUUAUUAAAAAUCACUGUAGCAGCACCCACUGCUGGAACGAGGUCUGCGGAUUCUGGCCGCGUUCUGUUGGCUGGCUUUUGGGAGGAACUUGAAAGGUCAAACUGCAUUAAAAAACAAAAACACACAACUCUUCCAGGUUCUGGCUUGCUUCUCGGGUAGCUGGUAUUUAUAGCUGCUUGGUGGUUGUGCUGUGCUGUGUUGUGGUCCGGGGGUCCUCUGGAGUUUCCAGCUUGUCCCCACCCUGUCCUUCCUGGGAGCCUCCUCAUACGUGCUCUCCUCCACUGCUCCGGCUGCUCCUUCUGCAGCCCCCACCUCCUGAGAGGGCUCAGCCCCUGCCUCUGAGCCAGUGACCAGGAUGGCUGCGUGUGUCCAGGGACACUGGGAGGCACAGGCCUGUUCCCUACAAAACAGACCUGAGAAGUGGUCUCCACCUUCUGUUUGCUACUGGGGGUACGCUGGGCAGGGUCUGAAAUGUCCCUCUCUCUGGGUCCUGUCUUACCUUCUCUAGAAAGCCCAGCUCAUCUAUGGCUUCUAGAGUAUACAUGACCAGCCUGUGAGGUCCUAGGGCUGAGGGGGACGAGGAGGACAGGGAGUGGACAGUCUCAUCUCACCCCUCUGGACCAUGGGGCAGGCAGCUUGGGUUCCUGAAGGCUGCUUCCCCCAUAUUCUCUUGCAUCUGCUCUGGCCCAAAGUUUCCUUUUAUUGCUGCGCCCAGUCUUGGGGCUCAAAUAUUUGCUCAAGUCUCCUUGGUCCCUGUGACCAGACUCAUCCUGACGGUGCUCAUGCUGGGAUUUGAAACACUCUGCUUGUGAUCUGGACACGUCUCUGCCUCUGGGAAGUGCCUGACUCGUGGAAGAAACUAUACUGGUCGGGCUCUGCAGGGCACCCAUAUGCUCAGUUGAUGCUUAACAGAUGCAGAAUGAGCUUGAGAUAGAAGAUCUGAGCUCGAGUUUCUAAUUAAUGGAAAAUGAUGAGUGAAAAAUAUUCUGUCGUUCAGCCUUGUUUUGGCCUCAUCUCAAUGUCCAAGCCUUCUGGGCCCCUUUUGAUAUCUAAUCCAUCCAUAUUGUCAUCCAGCUGAGAAACCUCAGCCCCAGUGAGGGGAAAUGACUCACUGGAGGUCGCACAACCAACAAGUGGCAAAGCUGGGAUUGGAACCCACAACCCAGGGCCCGUUCUUCGGUGCCACCUACACGGUCAGUUGAAUGGGUGGCUACAUUUGCUGGGGCCCUGAGUUUCGGAGGAGUCAGUUAGCUAGUGCCUGGGCCCUGGUUGGGAGCUGUCUGCGGUCAAGGUGGGACUUCAGUCUCUUCUUUUCUUUUUCUUUUAAUUUUUUUAAUGUUAUGUUAAUCCGCAUGCAUUACAUCAUUAGUUUUAGAUGUAGUGUUCCAUGAUUCAUUGUUUGUGCAUAACACCCAGUGCUCCAUGCAGAACGUGCCCUCUUUAAUACCCAUCACCAGGCUAACCCAUCCCCCCACCCCCUCCCCUCUAGAACCCUCAGUUUGUUUUUCAGAGUCCAUCGUCUCUCAUGGUUCGUCUACCCCUCCGAUUUCCCCCCUUCAUUCUUCCCCUCCUGCUACAUUCUUCUUCUUUUUUUUUUUUUCUUAACAUAUAUUGCAUUAUUUGUUUCUGAGGUACAGAUCUGAGAUUGAACAGUCUUGCACAAUUCACAUUGCUCACCAGAGCACAUACCCUCCCCAGUGUCCAUCACCCAGUCACCCCAUCCCUCCCACCCCACCCCCCACUCCAGCAACCCUCAGUUUGUUUCCUGAGAUUAAGAAUUCCUCAUAUCAGUGCAGUCUCUUCUUUUCAUCAGGAGGGAUAUGCACUCAGUUUUCCAGUGAGGGCCCUGGGGUUUUGGAUGCGGCUUGAGCAAAGAAAACAAGGAGGGAAGUAGAUUUUUAGUGGACCGUUCCUGGUAACCUCAGGUCUUCAGCUCUGGUCUGUAAUGGGGGUGGAGGCUGGGGCAGAGUGCAGUUAACUAGCCCUCAGUUUCCCCUUCUUAAGUUCAGAAGAAAAGUGGUAAAAGAAAACUCUCUUCUCCCUGAUCCUUAAACAAAGGUGGCUAAUAAAAGUGUAGGUUCCCGUGCCGUGGUAGGAUGAGAGCCAGAAUCACUUUCUUACCCUGACUGGUUAAGGUGCCAGUGCAAACACUACCUUCCUCAUUUGAUUCUGAGUCAACAGAGACAGGUUGUUGUCGGGGAACGGCCAGGGGUCAAGUAGGUGGCUGGCAGGGACCCACGGCUUCUCCCCAAGCUCCCUCUCUGCAAGGUGGGAGUGGGUCAGUGGAGUUUGCCAAGGCUGCCAAGGAGCGUUCUAGUUAGUGGUAACACUAGCCCCUCGCCCACCCCAACGCCACAACUCCCUCCUCUCAGCCGGGCCAUCGGCCCCUUUGGGAGGAGGGAGACCACCCCCACUAGGGACAAGGACAGCGGAGCCCUGCCUAGUGAGAGGCUGUUGGGGCAAUGGCUCUGUCCUGGGCCUUACCAGCCCUGGGGAGAGCGUGUUUGGCUGGAAGACUGGAAUUUAUAUGCCAUCAUCUUUGAUUUUGUAAUAUUUCCACUCGGAACGCUCAGUUCCUUCUUCCCGCUCCUUAGCAUGUAUGCCAACUCUCCCCCGUCAUGGACGUUACCCUUCUACACUCCAGCCCAGGGAGUGCCGAUGUUCUAGUGUGAAGAGGUUCCUUUGUGUGAUAGAACUUAAGAAGUGUAGCUUGGAAAUGAUGAUCCAUGUGAUGAUGACUUUUCUUUCUUUCCUCUUCUUGAGGAGGUGAUUCGUAGACCCUGACUGCCUAUGUAAUGUAAAUAAUGUAUAUUUAAUUUAUUGCUAUGGUAGCACAUUGUAUUUGUUAAUGUAUAAAACAAAUUCUAAAAGGUCGACAAAUGUAUAUUUUGUUGCUUAAAUGUGUCUUUGCAGAAAUUGACAAUAAAUAACAUA